AUGGCGAUGGCGGCGAUUGCGGGUUGGCCUCGGGCCGCGCAUCCCAAAUGGGAGGUGUUGGCGCGGCCUGGAAGACCUCAGAGGUCUCCGUCUCUUUUGACCUCGCAGGCACAGCUGGUGACUUCCACGGCAGCUGCAGGCUUCGUGAGAUGGCGCUGUGCACGGAUCAGGACGAAGUUGCAGGGACCUCCAACACCGUCACUGUCCGGAUCGACCGACAAGGCUGAGGAAACCAAGUACUUCCAGCCUCUUGUGGAAGGCGAUGUGCUCACCGCAUCCUUCCCCCAGCGGUGUAUAGUUGCAACAAUGUUGGCGCUCUUGCUGUUGGGCUUUGUGAAGGUGGCCUGGAUGCUGCCGGCCAGUGGCAGCUCCUUGCAGGUGCUGGCUUGGUCGUGCUUGGCCGUUCUCCUCGGAGUCGAGUUUGCGGACUUCGGCACCGGUAUUUAUCACUUCUCGGUUGACAACUACGGCAGCGCUAAUACCCCCAUUGUGGGCUCACAGAUAGAAGCCUUCCAAGGCCAUCACGAAGAGCCCUGGACCAUUACAUACAGAGACUUUUGCAACAAUUGUUUUCCUACGUGCUUGGCAACUAUGCCGUUCCUCGUAGCCUUUGAAGUCUUUUGCGACCUGCCAUACGUGUUAUUGUGGGCAGUGGUGGCCUGUGGUGGGAUUGCGUUUUGCCAAGAGUUCCACAAGUGGAGCCACACUCUCCGCUCUCAGUGCCACCCGGUGGUGAACUGGCUGCAAGACAGAGGCCUCCUGGUGCAUCGGAAAGUGCACCUGCGGCACCACAAGCCGCCCUUCGAGACGAACUACUGCAUCGUCACGGGGCACAUGAAUCCCAUCCUGGACAGGAGCGGCUUCUUCACGAAGCUGGCAGUCGGGAGCCUUCAUUACUCGCUGGAGUGGAGCCAGAUGCUCGGCAGGCAGGAAAAUGUCUUGCCAAGGGCCGGGGGCAUCGGCAGCACCCAGCUCCAAUUGUUGGGCGGAACCGUGAGCACCGUGAUCGGUUGGUUGUGGCUCGAACAGGACUUGCCUGAUGUGUGGGCGCUCUCAGGGCCUCUGAGCUUCCAAGUCGUGCUGAAUGAACGUGGUCGACCACAGGCCCGAGAGGUGCGAGCUGAGGAGAAUGCGCCAGAGGACAACAGCGAAGAUGAACCAGCCCCGCUCCAGAAGGCACACUCGGCACCACUGCCCUCCGUUGCCAAAUCACCAUCUGUCUCAUCGCCGACGCCAUCAGUACCUCGUUCGCUGGAGCUGAAGCCUUUGUCAACACCGACAGCGCCCUGGGCUGAUAUUGUGGAUGAUGACGACAUUGACUUCGAGAUGUUGGAGGUAAGCAUGCACCCUGAGGCCGAGGACAAGAAGGAGGACGACAGCGACGACAGUCUGGGCGACUGGGGCAGGCGUCGACGGACCAUGUCGCUAGACAAACCUUCGUUCGGCGUAGGCUCCAGUCCCAAGGUCUGCGCGCAGGAGUCGGGGGAGGAGUCUGGGAGAUCCUCUGGAGAGCCACGAGGGGAGACUCCCUCGGCACCUGAAGAGACGUCAGGAGAGGAAAACGGAUUGCUGAAGCGCUUGCUGGCAUCCGAGCAGGUGGAGCAGGAUGAGAAGACCACCCAAGUCCGUACACCUGCAGUGGGACUGCCUCUGGGAGCCCCACCGUCGGCCGCUGGCAAAGCACAAAGGUGGGGCGGUGGGAGCAGUGGAGAUGAGAGCGAGGCUUUGCUUCAGGACACCGCAGACAUGGGAGCGCUGUCACCAGGCUCCGACGCGAUUUGGCGCUCUCACCCGGAUCCGUUUUUCCAGAUGGAGGCACCGAUCAUUCAGCCGGCCCAGCCGGCCCAGCCGGCGACGGCCAUGCAAGCGAUGUGCGAGCCCGUGAACGAGAACUGGCCGUGGCAGAACUGGAACUCCUGGACGCCGUGCCAGCAGGGCCAACCCGAGCCCGGCUCGCAGUGGCAGUACAACGGGUGGCCGGGACAGGAGGUGUGGCCACAAGGCGAGACGCAAUGGCCGGUGCCGGUGGAGACCUGGCAACGGGAACCUGGGCAAGAGAUCCUGAAACAGCUGGGAGUCAGUCCAGCAAAUGUGGCACAAGAAACUGCGGAAGGUGAGGGAUAUUUCCUGCCAGAGGCACUCUGGAACCGCACUGAUGUGGUACGUGCACUGUGCUUCAAAAGGUCUCGCCGCUUUUUGCUGGGAGCCGAAUCAGACCUGAUGAGGCUGCUGAAGGCCCCGGAAGGGGCGCUUCUCAGGAUUCCCCGCCUUGCACCAUGCUACCAGCGCCUGCUGCGCGAGCUUUGCAAGCGCUUCCGCACCAGAGAGGAGAGUACCCCGAACGGCGAGUUCGUCGUUCGAACCACCAAUACAAGCUACGCGCCGCUCCUGCCGUUGGCUGCGUUCGUCCCUCGCACGUGGGGUGGCAGCAACCCGAAUGACUGGGAAGACAGGCGACGAGAUCCAUCAUCGCUGCGCGGGAAGCACAACAUGACUCCAUGUCCAGGGCUUUUGGUUCCAAAGGGCGGCGCCUACGACGAAUUUGGGCCUGGAGCUCCCAGCGAUGACCUGGGCAACCUGGGUGGAUUCGGAGCGCAUCGCUGGGACAUGCGCGAGCAGGAGGAGGAACAGAUGAGAAUGACCCUGGUGCCCAAGCAAUGGCUCCUCAUGGAGCCACCCAUGGUUGUGCAGGACGACGGCAGUAUCGUUGUCACAGCCUCUCUGGACGUCGCUCACUGCGGAGAGGGAUUCAGCCUCGCUUUGUGCGAGGGGGCGUCCUGCCAGGAGUCGCUCAACAGGUUGCUCCAAGGGCUUCACGACGAGCCCCGCCAGAUGCAAAGGGCUGCGAGGUCGGCCAAUUUCCACGUGCUGCUCGUUCAGCCAUCACCGCACGGACCAUCACCCACAGGCGAGCCUCGCUGGUGCCUGAAGCUGGGACUUGGAGAGCAGGCAGUUCAAGGCGAACACACGGACUGCCGCACUGUGGCAUGGCAAGAUGAGGAGGUCACGACAGCCUCGUCUGGCACGCGCUCUGCUACCUUCUGGCUUGCAACCUACGCUGGGGCCAGCAUGGGAGCCUUCCAAGGCUUGGAUGACGGCGGGAUGUUUGUGGAGGCAGGCAUCGGCCGCUUUCCAUGGGGCAGGAUCUUCAGGCAACGAGUUCAGCGCAGCGGCGUCCUUCGAAAGGUUGCCGUGGGCGCGUUGGGUCGCAGCCUGCCUACAGAGUUGUCGGCCCUGAGCCUGGAGUCGGGCGUUUGCCCCGACCUGGCCUCGCGUGAACACGUCGUGAAGCUGUUCCGCAAGGGGAAGAAAGGAGGUGAGCGCCCUCCAUGGUGGCUCCAGACGGGCAAGCAUGGCUUGGUCGCCUUGUUCGACGGCCUGGCCAUCUGUGAAAGUGCCGAAGCUGCUCUUCGCCUGCAGCGGACUGCCGAGCAAUGCUCCGAUGGUGCAUGGCAGGCCACAACUCUGGCGCAAGCACCCAUCGAGGAGGCUGCCGGAGGCACAACGGGCCUGCAGAGGGGGCCUCGUGCAAGGGCCCUGCUGUUCCUGGGCCGGCAAUCCGCUAUUGAUCUUGCCCUAGAUGAAUGGGCUGCCGUGGCAGAGGCUUCCAAGAAGGCCCUGCUGCCAGAGCCGCCGUUGAGCGCACCGCCGCCGCCACCAGUGCCACCACCGCCACCGGCAACGCAGCAGCCGCAUUGGCCACAGCAGACGCCGCCCCCGCCGCCACCAACAUUGAGUCGAUUGUCGGCAGAUGCACCAGUGUUUACACCAAGCUUCACCAGCUUCCAAUCGGAGACGAUCGCUGCUGAAAGCAAGGGUUCUUUGUCUUGCAACGCAUUGCCAUUUAUUCCGGGGGAAGCCGCAGCUGGCAUGUCUGCUGCUGCCAGCGAAUUUCUGCCGCAGGAUCCAGAAUAUACCCCAGAGUAUCAGGAAUUCCAGGAGUUUGCUGAGUAUCCUCCGGAAUGCGCAGAGGAGUAUCCCCAGGAGUACGCGCAGGAGUAUCCACAGGAGUAUCCCCAGGAAUAUGCAGAGAACUGGGAAGAAGAGACGUGGAAGGCUCCAGAAAACAAAUCCUGGAAUCGCAAGUGGAGCAUUGACUCAUACGAGGAGAGUGCUCCUCCACCCGGCUGGAAGGGCAAGGGAAAAGGCAAGAACCCGAAGUGGAGCGACUUGUGGGGCAAAGGUCAGGGUCGUCGUGAUUACGACCGGCGUGAGGACAUCAAGAGCUGGGACGUGCAAUGGGAGGAUAAGGGCGAAGGUUCCUGGUCGGAGGCUUGGCGAUCACAAUGGAGAGGCGCCGAGCCCAAGCGACCACAGAAGUGGACGCAGGAUCGCCCAUCCGCUCGACAGCCUCCACUUCGCAAAGCGCCAAGGCCGCCUGUGCGGCAGCGCAAGAUCUCUGACUCGGAUGAGGCAGACACGCAGCCGGAGGUUAUCUCCUCCGCUUCGUCGCACAAGGAGGAACCCAUCCGAAAAGGCCAAGGCCGCGGCAAAGGCAGCUCCGGGGCUCCCCGGGACAAGCUCCGACGCCUUUGUCAGCAGGAGCGCGAGGCGGAAAGGGCUGCUCGCAAGACACAGGAUGAGGCCUCGUCAAAGCCAUCCGUGGAUGUCGAUAAGUCUGCGCUCAUGCGUCACUUGCGAAUGGGCCGCCGAGGAUGA